AAGAAGGAGAAACCCUGAAAAGAAAACAGCAACAAGCCAAGCGGCUGUGACAGAGGCGGACAAGAUGGCGGCGCCGAAGGGGAAGCUUUGGGUCCAGGCCCAGCUGGGGCUGCCGCCGCUGCUGCUGCUGACCAUGGCGCUGGCCGGAGGCUCGGGGACUGCAGCGGCCGAGGCGUUUGACUCGGUCCUGGGGGACACGGCGUCCUGUCACCGGGCCUGUCAGCUGACCUACCCUUUGCACACCUACCCUAAGGAAGAGGAGCUAUAUGCAUGUCAGAGAGGUUGCAGGCUGUUUUCAAUUUGUCAGUUUGUGGAUGAUGGAACUGAUUUAAAUCGGACCAAAUUGGAAUGUGAAUCUGCGUGCACGGAAGCAUAUUCCCAACCUGAUGAGCAAUAUGCUUGCCAUCUUGGCUGCCAGGAUCAGUUGCCAUUUGCUGAAUUGAGACAAGAACAACUCAUGUCCCUGAUGCCAAGAAUGCACCUCCUUUUCCCUCUGACUCUGGUGAGGUCGUUCUGGAGUGACGUGAUGGACUCUGCGCAGAGCUUCAUCACCUCUUCAUGGACUUUUUAUCUUCAAGCUGAUGAUGGAAAAAUCGUUAUAUUCCAGUCUAAACCAGAAAUUCAGUAUGCACCUCAGUUGGAGCAGGAACCUACAAACUUGAGAGAAUCAUCUUUAAGCAAAAUGUCCUAUCUGCAGAUGAGAAAUUCGCAAGCACACAGAAACUACCUUGAAGAUGAAGAAAGUGACAGCUUUUUACGAUGCCUAUCUCUUAACUCUGGGUGGAUUUUAACCACGACUCUGGUCCUCUCGGUGAUGGUGUUGCUCUGGAUCUGUUGUGCAGCUGUUGCUACAGCUGUGGAGCAGUAUGUUCCCCCUGAGAAACUGAGUAUCUAUGGUGACUUGGAAUUUAUGAAUGAACAAAAGCUAAGCAGAUACCCAGCUUCUUCUCUUGUGAUUGUUAGGUCUCAAACUGAAGAUCACGAGGAAGCAGGGCCUCUGCCCACCAAGGUGAAUCUUGCUCAUUCGGAAAUCUAAGCUUUUUUAAAGAAAGUGUCAUCGACACAUCAACUUCCAUUCCUCAUAGAGCUUUUUAAAAUGGUUUCAUUGGAUAUAGGUCUUAAGAAAUCACUAUUAAAUGCAAAUAAAGUUACUCAACUCUGUGAAGACUUUA